UCCUCCAUCCUCCGCCAGAUCGUCGCGGGUCCCAGAUUGCAGCACCCGGAGGCGGGGUUGGAUCUCUGCUAUGUAACGAACAACGUGAUCGCCACCUCCGGUCCCUCCGCAACCUACCCCCAGCGCGCAUACCGCAACCCGCUCGAUGCCCUGGUCCAUUUCCUCGACUCCAAACAUGGCUCCGACUGGUGCAUCUGGGAAUUUCGCGCCGAGGGCACAGGGUACCCAGACUCAGAGGUGUAUGGCCGCAUCCACCACUUCCCCUGGCCCGAUCACCACCCGCCGCCCUUCGCGCUGAUCCCGAACAUCAUGGGCAGCAUGCGGAACUGGCUGCAGGAGAAGGAAGGUCGCGUCGCCGUCGUGCACUGCAAGGCUGGCAAGGGCCGCAGCGGCAGUAUUGCCUCCGGGUAUCUGAUCAGCCAGGAAGGGUGGAAGAAAGAGGACGCGCUGCAGCGGUUUACGGAGCGGCGCAUGCGGACGGGGUUUGGAGCUGGCGUGAGCAUUCCCAGCCAGCUGCGCUAUGUCGGAUACAUUGAUCGGUGGACGAACGAGCUCCAGAAGGAGUAUGUUGAGCGACCGGUUGAGAUCCUCGAGGUGCAUAUCUGGGGUCUGCGGGACGGCGUCAAAGUCGCUGUGGCGGGAUACGUUGAUGAGGGCAAGAAGAUCAAGACCCUCCACAUGUUUCACCGCAGCGAGCGGACCAUCGUCGAUGAUGGGGAUCUCUCCCACUCCGAAGGGAGUGACAAUAACAAAAAGCCAGCCUCGGCAUCACAGUCGGCCACACCGAUCAUCUCCACACCAGCCUCGUCAACAUCCAACAUCCUCCGCUCGGCAACGACGGUCUCACAAAACCAACACCCCACUACCAUGAUCUUCCGGCCCAAGAAGGCCUUGAUCGUGCCAACGUCAGACGUAAAUAUCGACUUUGAGCGCCGCAGCAAAGCCUCAUACACGGGGUUCGCCAUGGUAACCUCCAUCGCGCAUGUAUGGUUCAACGCCUACUUCGAGGGCGGCGCGCAGCACGACUCGGGCGUCUUCGAGACGGAAUGGGACGCCAUGGACGGGAUCAAGGGGAGUGCACAGAAGGGUAUUCGCGCGAUAGAGCGGCUGAAGGUUGUAUGGCGGUAUCCGCCACCGUCCACACAAGAUCCAACCGCGAGACCGAUCAGCGAGCCGAAACCGGGCGAGCCCAUCUCCGAGUCCCAUCCUGCCGACUGGCGGGGUCCGCACUUCCUAGAGCAGGAUACCCCUUCCACUCUCUCCACCACCACUACAGAACAGGAGAAUAAACAGCCCCCCGCUGGCAUCAAUACUGAACAAACUUCAGAAGCCCACCCCGUGGACACAACUACUAGCACCUCUAGCGGAGCGCCUGCCUCAGCAGCCGCACAUCUAUUAUCCGUGGUAGGACUCGACAAGGGGCUCGGGCUGCGCAAACAAACAGACGAAAGCAAAGACAUAAGUCUCGCGGGAAGCGAAGAUGAGCGCGGGCGCACAGAACAAACCCACACUUCUACUUCUUCUGUCGAUUUGGACGGGGUGAGGUCUUACUUUGAGAAGACGGGGCCGGACGAGCAGAAGAAGGAUGGAGAGGAGGGCGGGCACUGA